AUGCUCGCCAUACAUCGUCCCAGAAUGGGUUCGACGCAGCCGUCAGACCCGAAUCUGCCCUUCGGCUAUGCCGUUGAUCCCUCUCAAGACUUCUUCCUCGACCCUCCCGAACCCGCGCCUGGCGCACCUCUCCUCUCCGACAAUGAAACGAAACUCCUUAGCUCCUUUUUUGAGGACAUGACGGCAGACCACUAUAACAUGCCAUCAUUUGGCGAAGGCCUCAACUUCAGCGAUGCGUGGCUGGACCUACCACCCCAGUUCAUGGGGUCAACCACGUCUUACGGCCAUUCGCCAGCACCGCCAUCACUCGAAUCCCCCGGGCACGCAAUGCCCCAUACCGACUUUUCAGACAUCAUGUCCAUGAGUUCGAAUCUGAUGCCGCCUCCUCCCCCUCCUCCGCCACAGCAGCAGCAUCAUCACCGACACCAGCAACAGCAUCAGCAACAGCACCAGCACCAGCACCAGCACCAGCAACAGCACCAGCAGCAACAUCAACAGCAACACCAACCCCAGUCACACCCGUCGCUCGAACAGCAUGCUUCGGCCGACGUUCUUCAAGCUGCCAGCACGUUAUUACACAACGGGUCGUCGUCGAGAUCCAGCGCGAGUGGUUCUGGGCCGAUGUUUAGCAGUAACAGCAGAGAUGUGCCACACUCUCUCGGGCCCCCCGUCGGUCAUCUCAGACACCAGCCAAUGGAGGAUUUCAAGCGUGCCGAGCGAGGCAGCGUAGCUCAGGCUGGUCUUGUCGAGGACCACGAGAGCACAUUCGCGGACAUGUUUUUUGGUCCCGCUCCCGGGGAGAGAGUUUCUGCCCAGCGCGCCAGUCAGGUCCCCAAUAUCGAUGUUCAGUGGGGCUCAGACGCCCGGUUCAACCGCACCAACAGCUUUGUCCCAGACCCCAAGGAAUCAUAUGACGCUCUAUCCAAGGUUCAGCUGAGAUACAUGGAGUGCCUCGAGCCAAGUCAAAGCACGGACAACACUCGCCCGUCGAGCCCCAACGGCGAGCACGCGUUGGGAAAGGGGCACAGCAGGAAGUCAUCAGAGGUUCUGAAGAAGGAGGAAGACGCGGAUGCACCGCCACGAAAGAGGAGGAAGAGCAGGAACACGAAGGAGGACGUUGACGGGGAAGAGGAGGAUAAUGGCACUACAACAAAGGCGGCGAGAAAACGGAAGACCAAGACCGAGGCGGCAUCCGCUACCCCGCCGGCAGAAAACGGCACGGCCAGCCGAAGACGCAAGUCGGGCACGGGAACCAAGCCGCCCCGCGAGAACCUUACGGAAGCCCAAAAGAGAGAGAACCAUAUCAAGAGCGAGCAAAAGCGUCGGACUUUGAUUAAGGAAGGCUUCGAUGACCUUUGCGAACUCGUGCCAGGCCUGAAGGGAGGUGGGUUCAGCAAGAGCACCAUGCUGACCAUGGCGGCCGAAUGGCUUGAAGAUAUAAUGAAGGGCAACGAUGAGCUCAGGGCCCAAGAGGGCUCUCUCGGGGUUAGGUGA